ACCCGGUAUUUUUUUCAAAUCCAUCGGUCGAAGAUCCAAGUUUUUGAACUUGCAACUUUGUUGGCGUCACCAAAUGUCGGAAACAAAAAGUUUGCUGUUUCCGGUUUGCUGCAUUCAAAAUACUUUUUGUGAUAAGUGCCAAGUACUUCUUCGAAUUCGGCAUCGUUUGAAAGAAUUUUUGGAUAGAGAGUCAAAGGUUACCCUAGAAGAAGGAAGAAGAAUGAAAAGCGGUGUUCUAACUACUAUUGCAGUCCUGCUCUACUCGGCUCAGGUGAACGCAAUCAGAUCGACGACGGUAGCAUCGUCGCUUCUCGGCAACAAUAGCGAUCGACCAAGAAGCAAGUUGCUAAAGAUCCGGGGAGGUGAUGGUGGUAGCAGUGACAACAUCAUCGGGAAUGCGUCUUCCGUGACGGUGGUUCCAGAGGAAACUCUACCGCAAGCAAUAUCAGGUAUGUCGUCAGAAGCCUUUCGAUUCAAAGAUACCGAAGGCGGACGUGACCAUGCAAACAUUAGUGCAUCCUCCCCUGCUCCUAACAACUACCCUUCUGAUACUGCUACCACUACUUCUUUAUCGUUGUCUCCGUCCAACUACCCGGCCUUGGCUACGAUCCAACUUCCAAACUCUUUUUCUCCACAACAACAAAAAUGCAAAGGAGGAGACGUCGAAACAGCCACAGACGUUGCAACCGAGGAGGAUUUAGCGAUGAAAUCUGCAAAAUGGAACGGAUUGCGCAACCGCAUCCUGUCGGCGGCCGGAAUGAUCGCUUCGUUGGGUGGACUCGCCUACUAUGGCAAGGAAGACGGUCUAUCGGUCUUCGUGGUUUUCUUGCAAGCGAUGAUGUUCAGAGAGAUGUCCGCGACCAUCGGUGGAGAGGACUGGGGAGCGAUCGGAGCGACUCUGCGAAAAUACUGGUGGUUUGCYACMGCUGCCGUUGYUUGGAAYGGACCAAAGGUAUACCCUUGGAUGCAAAAGAAACUGGAGGCCGUCGCCUUUGGAAUGACAGUAACCGCCGGGGUCGUCACRUCCGUUCUUGGGUUCCAGCACAAAAAGAGUGGAGUUGCCGAUUUCAGGGAAUACAUCCGACAAGCCGCGGUAUCCCUUCUCAGCGCCGCUCUCGUGAUACUGCCGUCUUCAUUCUGGAUCGGUACCCUCGAAGACCACGGGAUGAAAUGGGUUUUCGCACCUGCGGCGUUGGUGGCCAUCAACGACAUCAUGGCGUACGUCUUUGGAAAACUCCUCGGCAAGCACCCGUUGUUGCCAUCGAUCUCGCCAAACAAGACCUGGGAGGGAUUUCUGGGAGCCGCCUUCUCGACGGUGGGAACCGCGUGGGUGGGACUGGCUGACUCGAAAGGGGCAGACCCCCUCCUCGGACCGGGACUGGAAGGCGUCACCCGAAUGGACGGGAUGGUCCUGGCGACGUUUGCUUCGCUCGUGGCACCCUUUGCGGGCUUCUUCGCAUCGGUGAUCAAGCGAGCCUACGGCCGAAAAGAUUUCGGCAACACGCUGCCCGGACACGGAGGUUUUGUCGAUCGGUUGGACUGCCAGUUGAUACUCGCUCCGUUCGUCUACUUCUAUCUUGCAUUGUACAAAUUUGCGUGAACAGCAACAAAUUAAGCAAACACCAAGCU